AUGAGGCUCCCCGUAAUCCUGCUGUUCGUAGCUCUGGUUGGGACGAGCGCGGUGGCCGAGUCCCUCGAGCUUCGCGAUGCAGAAGAGCAGGACGACCUCGUGAGAUGCGAGUUCAGGCCCAAGCGAUUCCAGAGUUAUAACGCAUGCAACCAGCAUGACCGAGCGCAUUGCCGUUUGGGCGGGGGAAACUGCAACUAUAAUUCCCUGACGAAGAGAUGCAGCAAUAACUCCCUGAUGCGAGGGCGAAAUGCACCGAUAGCUUGUCUGCGCUGCUCAUGCUACAAGAGGAAGUGA